AUGAGUGACUUGAGUGCCUUAGGCCAACUCGUUGACAAGGUUCAAGCUCACUCCACCCCUGGAGGGAAGGUGUGGCUCUCCGUCCUGUUCAUUUUCCGAAUCCUGCUACUUGGGACAGCUGUUGAGUCAGCCUGGGACGAUGAGCAGUUUGCCUUUCGUUGUAAUACUCGGCAGCCUGGUUGUGAAAACGUCUGCUAUGAUAAGUCCUUCCCAAUCUCUCAUGUGCGCUUCUGGGUCCUGCAGAUCAUGUUUGUGUCCCUCCCCUCACUCUUGUACCUGGCGCACGUAUUCCACAUGAUACGCAAGGAAGAGAAGUUGCAAAAGAGAGGGGAGGAUCUCAGAGUCACUCAGAACGAUGGUGCCAACAUGGACGUGCACUCGCAGGAAGUCGAGAAGUUCAAGUGUAGCAUUGAAGAACACUGUAAGGUGAAAACGAGAAGGGGCCUGCUGCGAGUCUAUACCAUUAGUGUCUUCUUCAAGUCUAUUUUUGAGGUGGCCUUCCUGCUGAUCCAGUGGUACAUCUAUGGAUUCAGCCUGAAUGCGGUUUACACUUGCAAACGAGACCCCUGCCCGCAUCAGGUGGACUGCUUCCUCUCUCGCCCCACAGAGAAAAGCAUCUUCAUUCUCUUCAUGCUGGUGGUGUCCUUGGUCUCUCUUGCUCUGAACAUCAUGGAGUUGUUCUGUGUCUUCUUUAGGGGCUUAAAGGGCCAUGUGAAGGAUCCAGAGAGUGAGUCUUACCUUGAUACAUCUGGUCUGCCAAGCCCCUCCACUGACACUUCAUCGGUUGCUCCUCUCUCCUCCGUGUCCCUUCCCAUCGACAGGGUGGCCUCUGGAAGGGCAGCCUCUGGAAACAGGAGCAGUUCUUCCUGCCGCAGUUACGAUAAACAAGGAACCGAGCAAACCCAUGCUAAACAGAAAGCAUAG